CAUCCCUCUUCAUUGAACCUUUUACUUAUAUGUCUAUUUUCUUAUUUAGUUUUUAAAGAAAGUAAAGGCAACUUUUUUUUUACAUUUUUACAUCAAGUUAACAUCCCAGAGAUCAUUGCGAGAUUGCAAAAUUCUUAGAACCAAAAUGGCGGAAUCCUCGAGGUUUUGGUUUGACUUCCAAACGCUUACCAAAGACGCUUUAAAGACAUGCAUGGCAAGAUGGGAACACGUCCAGACGAAGUACAAGGACUACAUUCUACAGAACCCAGAAAUUGCAUCAAAAAUGGAAGGAAUGUUGCGACUUUUGUCUUACGUCUUGCCUGGAAGAUUCGGAGCGUCAGAUGCAUUAUCGGAACUCCUAUACUCUGCUUCGCAGCUUCUCUCACUAAUGCACGAUGGCGUUUUCCGAAUGGGCAAGGGCAUCCCAGAUUACAGAGAGGGGGACCAAGGCAAUCAGCUUGUUUUAUGGCUAACGAUUAUUGAAUAUCUGGAGGUCUUUAUCGAGCUAGGUGCUGAAAAAGUCUUCGGUGAACCAGGAAAAUGGUUGAUUGUGAUUGUUGUACAAGUUAUAAAAGCCGCUUUACGACUUGUUUUACUGUUCAGCUACAAGUCAGGCAUACAGAGGGCUCCUUUGAUCCCUCCGCUAGAUCGAAAAUCAGUAUUUCCAGAAAAACAAGAUGGUGAGAAUGAAAUAAAAACCCCGGAAGAAGAAAAGAAACCCAAAGAACCUCAAAGCCCUGUCUGGAAAGGAACAAGAACAGGGAGACCAAUGAGAAAGCUUGUUGCCACGCCCAAUGAUGGGUUCCGAUCUUGGGAGUUACCACCAUCCCCGAAGGAUGAUCAUGUGGAAAUUGGACCUUCAUCUCCUACUGAACUGUCCACCAAGCGACUUGUAGCUGAGACAUUGCACAUUACACGCCCUCUUCUUCACUUAUCCAGCAUGUUUGUAUUUGGUCAGAAUUCCUGGAAGCCGUGGUUGCUAGCCUAUGGUACUGAUGUGAUGUCUCUUUGCCUUCAUCGUAAUAUCAAGGAGCUGAACACCAAAGAGCAGUCAGAGAUGUCUAGAAGGACUUUGCUCUUGCCAUUUUAUUUACUAAGAUCACCAUUCUAUGACAAGUACUCCAAAGCUAAGAUUAUCAAUAUGCUGAGGUUUUUGAGUAACCAUAUUCCAGGUAUGUCUAUAUUGGUUGCACCAAUGCUGGACUACCUUCCAACAUGGCAGAGGAUUUAUUUCUACAACUGGACAUCUUAGGCUGAACCAUGGCCAGGGAGGUUUGGAGUGGUAUGUAAAGAAAACACCAACUUCAUUUUGCAGAGAAUGACUGAACCCCCUUUUACUUCCUAACACAAGCUAGCGACAGCAAUGCUUAACAGCCUUUGUCAGCCACCAUUUGCAAUAAUUUCGAUUGAAUUUGGUAAACAAAGUAUUAAACUUUUUUUAAACUUUUUUAGUCUGUCAUUUUUUUAUUUUAGCACAGUACUGUAUAUGCCUCAAUAUUCUAUUUCAAAUGAAAACAAUAACAAAGAUGUUGCUGACAAGUGAUCAGUAAUCCAUUAUUGUCAGGUCAGAAAUUGACAAGAAAGAUACCAUAAAUGCUAGUUUUAGCAAUCUUUAAGACUGAUCUAGAAAUACUUCUUAUUGACCAAGUUUGUGGGCACUACAGAUACUUAUGGACUCAAGAGAUUUUUGGCCUAAGUGCCAAAUUCAAGGCUUCAUAUGUUCUUGUACGUCCUUAGCAAACAAGGUCAAUAAAAUACCCACCCCAGGGCUACUCCCUAUAUAUCCAUCGGACAGGGAUCAUCGUCGUAUCUUAUAUGGUGUAAGUUUGGAGCCUUGGGUAUCUUUUAGGGGUGAAAAUGAGAAUGCCCAAAUUUUUCUUUAACUCAGUAUAUUUUAGGGUGAUUUUAUAGCCAUUGCUCAUCUAACUUGUAGCUCAUGAAAGAGCUUUAAAACGUGUCAAUCUUCCAUUAGAGUCAGUUUUACAGUAAAUGAGCGUUUUUAUUACAAAUUAUUUACGUUUGUUUGAGGUAUCUUUUAGUGGGUAAAUUCAUGCCUAACCAUGCCCACUUUAGUAUCUUUUAGGUUUGAAAUAUAUAACCAGACCACACCCACAUUAGUAUCUUGUAGGUUUAAAAUAUAUAACCAGACCACACCCACUUUAGUAUCUUUUAGGGGUGUUUUCAAAGGUCCAGACGAUGAUCCCCGUCUGUUUGAUAUCAGAGUACUCCCCCCCCUGGGAUAUCAAUUAGUGUUUUGAGAGAGUUUUUUUUUUUUUUUUUUUUACAAUUGUUACAUUGUAAACUCAGGUUGGUUUUGCAGAGUACAGCUUGCUAAUGAAGAAAUGAGAGUGUGCAUAACAUUGUAAAUAUAUAUCACUUGCAGUCUCAGAACUUAUUUUAACCACAACUGCCUUUGUGGGAAUAAGACAACUUCAUUCAGAGCUAAUGUGUAACAGCUAUAUUUCUAUAACAGUUUUAGUUGUUGGAGUGGGUCAUCUUUAGAUUAAUAAAAGCUCUGCAUUGGGGAUUGUUUCUAUGCUGAAAGAACAAAAGCUUACCAAGUAACAAGUAAUGAAACAAACAAGCCUUCUUGAUUUAAAUAAAUGUAGUUUAAUAAUAAAAACCAUGAACAAGC